AGAAAGCGACGGCAGGGUUAGCUGUGCACUUGCCUGUGCUUGUUAAGAACAUUUUAAUCACAUUAGUGUGCAUUUUAAGCGUACUCACAUCUGAAAUAAAUAUGGGUACGACCAGAUAACUGUGAAAACUCGCCAAGUAACGACGAGGCAAAAGAGAAAAAAGCGAAAAACAGCCUUUAAACUGAUAAGUUAGCACAGCGUUAGCUAGCUAAGUACCCAAACGUUAGUUAGCAUUGUUUAGAUAUUUAAGCCAUGACUCUCGCAGUUGACCGGGAACCCAGAAAGACUGCGGGAAACCGCAUGUCUAAAUUACUGGAUGCAGAAGAGGAGGACGAAUUCUACAAAACCACAUAUGGAGGCUUCAAUGAUGAAUCAGGAGAUGACGAGUAUCAUGGAGAGCAUUCGGACACAGAGGAUGAGGUGGACAGCGACUUUGACAUCGAUGAGGGCGACGAGCCAGACAGCGACCAGGAGGAGGAUGCACCUCGGAGGAAAAGUCGAGUUGUUACCAAAGCAUACAAGGAACCGAUAAAGGUGGCAAAACCCAAACCCAAAAGACCCUCCGAGGAGCAGAAGAAGACUGAGAAGGUUAAAGUGGAGCUCAAAAGGAGGAUUCCACAAGAAUUCCAAGAUUUUGGAGAAACUCGAAAGUCUGUGCGACAGUCCACCAGUGAACAUACCCGAAAGACCAAUCUGCGCUUGCAAGAGCGCCAGGAUGCCCCCCGGAGACGGAGAGGUGCUCAUCGUGACCGGCCCCUUACGCAGGAAGAGCUGCUGGCUGAGGCGAAAAUAACAGCUGAGAUCAACAUAAGAUCUUUAGAGAACUAUGAACGCCUGGAAGCGGACAAGAAGAAACAAGUCCACAAGAAGCGGCGUUUUGAGGGACCAACCAUCCGCUACCAUUCGGUCCUGAUGCCACUUGUCUCUCACUCAGUCCUAAAAGAAGAAAAUGUGGACGUCGAAGGGUUGGAUCAGGACGUCCCUCAAACAGCACCACAAAAUCCCAUCACACCGUCUCAGCAGCCUGCUGGAGGCCUGUGCUCCCGUACCUAUAUAACCUUCAGUGAGGACGAAGCUUUCGAGGCGGCCUUUCCACACAGCGCCCAGACUAGUCCUCAGCUGCCCAUUCAGGAGGUUUGUCCUGUCACCCACAAAGCCGCACUGUACCGAGACCCGGUCACUGACAUACCUUACGCUAACACACGAGCCUUUCGCAUUAUCAGAGAAGCGUACCGUAAAUACGUGGCGGCUCAUGGAUUUCCAAACACUUCGGGUGUGGUGACGGGACUUGACUCAUCAGCAACGAAAGGUUCACGCCAGAAAAUGGUUGUCAAGCAGACUGCUAUGGCGACAUAGAUUAGUUUAAAGAAAUGAUUUUUGAAAUAGGUUUGUGUUUUUGUUUAUUUUAAAAUGUGAUAGUUCAGCUAGAGUGACUUGAAUGGGAGACAUGAGGAACAACCACAACCAUACUGUCCAACAUUUUGGAAUAAAUACCAUUUCUUCACACAACUAUCUCCAUUCAUACAAAAACCCUUGGCACCAGAGAAUUCUUGGGAAUGUUGCAGACGUUUUGGGAUUCAGCAGUCACUGUUACUAAUAUGAUACAGUCGUUCAAGCAAUUGAAGGCAAACACAAACAUUUUCAGUAAUAAGAUUACACAAAGUUAAAGAACUUAGCAAAAAACAAGCAUCACCACAACCAAAUUUAUCAGUGCAUUUCCUUAAACUGCAAAAAAAAGGUUUUACUAGUGAAGUCUUUGUGCACAGAAAUUUAUUGUGUACAUAAAGGAAUACUUAAUUCAAAAAUUACCAUUUGUUAAGCAAUUAGUCACAAUGUGUUACCUCGAAUUAAAAAGUUUGAUGUCUCCCGUUGUCUUCGUGGAUAAUGGCGAACAUAUUGAUUUAUUGAUUGAUUUGGGACUGCGUUUAACAAAAGCAGAACCGUAGCAAAACAUCUGUUUACAAACUCUCACACUCAUACAUAAUAAUCCAGUUCGCAUUUAUCCAGUCAUUUGCUCAGAACUUCACAAAAACAUGCAUUUUAUCUAAAAAAAAAAAAAAAAAAACUUAUUAGGUGAGACUCAUAAUAAAGUUUCAGCUAAAAUGCAUAUGUCUGGGAAGUAUUUAUCAUAAAUAAAUGAUAAAUUUGAUAAAUGAGACGUCGAUUAUACUGCAUGAGUUGUGUGAACGGAUGUCUUGAUAUAGACUAGUUUUGCUGCUGUUAAUGUGGUCCCCUGUGAGUCAAUAUGUUUGCUAUUUUCAGUGGAGGCAAGAGGAAGAAUCCUCAAAAUACAGGUUGAGUGGAUGAAAAACUAAAGAUUGGUUUUGGAAGCAAAGUAGGUCUCCAUUUGUUCGGCAGCUUUUGAUUUUUUUUCUUUUUCCUUCAAUGCCUUUCUUUUUUACUGUCAAUAUAUUUGGUUUCACCAAAUGUGCAUAAUUCUCAACAAAAAUAAACAUUUUAAACUUA